GCACCACGAGGUCUGUCUUUGGAAGAGAAACGCACUAAGUUAUUGGAGAUAUUCCACGACUCAAAAGACUUCUAUCAAUUGAAGGAGCUUGAGAAGCUGGGUCCCAAGCUCAAGGGAAUUGUUUCCCAGACGGUCAAAGAAGUCUUACAGUCCCUCGUCGACGAUGGCCUUGUCCAGGGUGAUAAAAUCGGUGCUUCAAACUUUUUCUGGAGCUUUCCUUCGCAAAGAGGAACUAUUGUCCAAAACCGCCUAGACAGCGUGAAGGAGACAAGGGCCAGUCACGAGGUUCAGCUAGCUGAGCUAAAAACAGCUAUCGAACACGAGAGAACUCUCAGACCCCUAAGUGACUCUCGCGCGGCAGCGUUGGAGCAGCUUACUUCCUUGAAAAAGCAACUCGCUGUUCUACAAGAAGAAAUCGAUGCUUACGGCGCUUGUGAUCCUGUGAAAGUUGAAGAGAAAAGGAGAGCUGUCACACUGGCACAUGAGGCGGCAGUACGGUGGACAGCAACAACCUCUUCAGACAACUAUUCCAUCCUUCUUUCACAUUUCACUCGCCAAACUGGGAUGGACGCACAAGACAUUAGGAGGUAUUUGGAGAUCGGGGAUGAUUAUGAGGAUAUCUUCUGA